AUGUGCAAACAUAUACUUAACGCUCAGGUUUCAAUUCGUGCUCCAUGCUGUAAGCGUUGGUUUGACUGUGCUGAAUGCCAUGCAGAAGCAUCGGAUCAUGAAUUAGCAAAGUCCAUUGAGAUGGUUUUCGCCUGCAAAAAAUGUAAAAAAUGUUUCCGUAAAGAUCUGGAGAACUUUGAUGAAACAGAUGAAUAUUGCCCUCACUGCGACAAUCAUUAUGUGUUGGAAGCCAAAACUCCUUCCUUUGGCAUUGGCGUUGAAGGUGAUGAUCCAAGGGUUGAAAAUAGAUUGAUUAAAGAUGAACGUUUAAAACAAGAUCCUAAAAAGAGUAUUUUCAAUCAAGAUAUUACAUAUAGACUGGGUUAA